CCUAUCUACCCCCCCUCUAUCUAUCUACCCCCCCCCCCUGCCCCCCCUCCCUGCCCUCCUCCCCCCCCCCCCGGGCCGGUGUACCAACUCCCGCUUCCCAUACCCUUCCCAAGGCCUUUUUUCUUCCCUCUCCUCGCCCCAAGCCCUCCCAGAACCAAGCCGCGAUUUUAUUCUUUUUUUUUCCUUUUUUAUGCUAAUCAGGCGGGAUUCGAACCCGUCACCUCUUUGUUUGCCAGUUAAUUACCAAUUCAAUGCUUAUGCCAAUUGCGCUAUCCCGGCUCGGUUACAAAUUCAAUGGUUUUUUUGUAUGUUAUUCAUAUGCAAAUCAAAUUCUUGCCCCUGAUUGGCUGUUGAAAAUAAUGACAUCAUGAACCUUCGGCCCAGAGGUCCCUGAGGUCCCACAGGUCCAAGAACCAAAACAAACCAAAGUUUACCAAACAUAAUGGAAACUGUAGCCUUGUUUGCUUUGCGAAAGCUUCUUUUUAAUCAGGAUUCUUGUAUCUUUCUGACCACUAGUACAUUUAAAAAAAUACUUAGCGCUUUCACGUUUUUCCGACGGGCAAUUUUGAUUUUAGCUGUAAGUUUUGUAUAAUAUUGAAAUACUUGAAAUGUCCGUCGGUGCGUUUGCUUUCAGUCGGUGAUCACAAGAAACAGUUUUUGUACGGUUAAAAGUGAUCAACAUCAAUUUACAUUCUCGCUAUAUAUCCCACCAGUGAACGGUAUCAAUCAUAAAAGGCUGAAAAUAGAGGAAACUGCUCAGCAACGAAAAACGUUGGGACUUCUAAUCAAAUUCUCCUCGUUAGCGCCAGAUGAACGGUAAAGGAAUGAGUAUGGAGAAUGUGCAUGUUAAUCUCACGCCAUUUACAAGUGUUCCUGCAACAAGCAAAAGUGAUCUUAUAAAUGGAAAACGCGAAGGUUAUGUCACUUUUAAUAACAACAACACCAAAAGCUUUAUUUGCAUGACCAUAAAGGAAUUACAGUAUUGCAAAAGCUAUUAGUCUAAAAUUAAGUACUAAUUCAACUAAUUAGUACGUGCAAAACAUUACAAAACGUUACAGUUCUCAUUCAUUCAUUCAUUCAUUCAUUGAUAUUAAUUUGGUUCUUAAUUCAAAGCAUUGCGAGAUAGAUGAAACUAAUUGACAGUUAAUUAAAUAAUCAGAAGAAUUCAUAAGAAGAGAUAUUAAAGUAUCGUGUGAAAGUGAUUUGAAGUCAGGUAUUUUAGUUUCUAGUUUGGAGAAAAAUAUGUCUCUGAUCUGAGAAUAAGCCUUACAAUCUAGUAAGAAAUGAUUUUCAUCUUCGAUUUUGUUACUUGUACAAAAGUGACAUAUCCUUUCAUUGCGAGGAAUGUUUUCGUAUCUACCUGUUUCAAUUCUAAGUUGAUGACUACUUAUUCUAAAUCUAACUAAUGCUUUUCUCGAAGGGUUUUUUCUUGUUAAAGCUAGGUACGGCGAGGGGCUAUAGUCGUCUUUGAUUGUACAAUAAAAAACUGCGUUUUUGAUUGAUUGUUGAAGGGUCUGAUUCCAGUAAGAGACGUAUUUAAUAGAUUUGGAGCCAGCAAUGUGACCCUUCGACAACAAGAAAAAGCGUUCUUCUCUAACUAGGCAACUACAGUACCCUAGUCUGAAUCUGGUACCCUUAUAACUGCAAUAGGAAAUCUGCAAGUAGCACGGUAAAUCAUACUAAACUGCUACCGAUGCGACCGAAAACUUGUGAUAGAAUCGUGAAAUCAGCCUGAAGGAUCAAAACAAGGUGAUAUCCUUCGUGUCCUAAGGCAGCUAAAAGACUUUUUUCCAGAAUGAAAUAUACUUACAUCCUCUUACUUGAGACAUCACAAGAGUCCCAGGGACAUUUCCAGGAGAUCUCCAUCAGUUUCCAACUUGACCCAAAAGUCACUUGACAAGAUGAACCAAACAAACAUUGUUUGCCCGGCCUAUUGACGAUUAGUAAUUCCAUCAGGUCGUGUUUCUUUCGCAGGCAAGGUUACGUAAUUCAAGCUAUUUCCAAUCCAGUCUUAAAAUCAGGCUGUUAAAUGUCCCCAAGGUCAAUGACCAAUAAAGAAAAUUCUCCAACUUCAGACGAAGAGCAGUUUGGAACUUCAUGGUCUGUUUAUCCACGACAUUAAAAAACAGGAACGUACUAUAAGUAGACUAACUCGCGAAGCUGAAUGUGGGAAAAAGUUUGGAGAAGUUGAUCCUAAGUAAUGACAAAUGUUUAAUCAUAAAUUUCGCUUGUUUCUUCGCACACGUCCUUUUUUCCCCGUUUUUUCCUUACAUGAAUGCAUCCUUUUCUAAAAGUGCUUAUUUUGAGUCAAGAAUUUUAUAAAAGUAAGAAGAAAAAAAAAUGUGCUGAGCAGCAAAACCCUCCCCGGGUCUAGCCUGCGAGGAAGGUCUCUCACUGCCCCACCCAACCCAACCCCCCCCCCAAUCCCGGCAGCAAGAGACCUUGCUCGCAGGCUAGACCCCCCCCCCCCCUUCCCUUCCCCUUCCCUUCCCUCCCCCCUCCCACCCUCCGCCCUCUACCCCUCCCCCCCCCCCCUCUACCUAUCCCCUAUCUACCUAUCUAUCUAUCUAUCUAUCUAUCUAUCUAUCUAUCUAUCUAUCUAUCUAUCUAUCUAUCUAUCUAUCUAUCUAUCUAUCUAUCUAUCUAUCCCUAUCUACCUACCCCUCUACCUAUCUACCCCCCCCCUCCCGCCUGCCCCCCCUCCCCCCUCCUCCUGGCCCCCCCCCCGGGCCGGUGUACCAACUCCCGCUUCCCAUACCCUUCCCAAGGCCUUUUUUCUUCCCUCUCCUCGCCCCAAGCCGCUCCCAGAACCAAGCCGCGAUUUUAUUCUUUUUUUUCCCUUUUUUAUGCUAAUCAGGCGGGAUUCGAACCCGUCACCUCUUUGUUUGCCAGUUAAUUACCAAUUCAAUGCUUAUGCCAAUUGCGCUAUCCCGGCUCGGUUACAAAUUCAAUGGUUUUUUUGUAUGUUAUUCAUAUGCAAAUCAAAUUCUUGCCCCUCAUUGGCUGUUGAAAAUAAUGACAUCAUGAACCUUCGGCCCAGAGGUCCCUGAGGUCCCACAGGUCCAAGAACCAAAACAAACCAAAGUUUACCAAACAUAAUGGAAACUGUAGCCUUGUCGGCUUUGCGAAAGCUUCUUUUUAAUCAGGAUUCUUGUAUCUUUCUGACCACUAGUACAUUUAAAAAAGCACUUAGCGCUUUCACGUUUUUCCGACGGGCAAUUUUGAUUUUAGCUGUAAGUUUUGUAUAAUAUUGAAAUACUUGAAAUGUCCGUCGGUGCGUUUGCUUUCAGUCGGUGAUCACAAGAAACAGUUUUUGUACGGUUAAAAGUGAUCAACAUCAAUUUACAUUCUCGCUAUAUAUCCCACCAGUGAACGGUAUCAAUCAUAAAAGGCUGAAAAUAGAGGAAACUGCUCAGCAACGAAAAACGUUGGGACUUCUAAUCAAAUUCUCCUCGUUAGCGCCAGAUGAACGGUAAAGGAAUGAGUAUGGAGAAUGUGCAUGUUAAUCUCACGCCAUUUACAAGUGUUCCUGCAACAAGCAAAAGUGAUCUUAUAAAUGGAAAACGCGAAGGUUAUGUCACUUUUAAUAACAACAACACCAAAAGCUUUAUUUGCCUGACCAUAAAGGAAUUACAGUAUUGCAAAAGCUAUUAGUCUAAAAUUAAGUACUAAUUCAACUAAUUAGUACGUGCAAAACAUUACAAAACGUUACAGUUCUCAUUCAUUCAUUCAUUCAUUCAUUGAUAUUAAUUUGGUUCUUAAUUCAAAGCAUUGCGAGAUAGAUGAAACUAAUUGACAGUUAAUUAAAUAAUCAGAAGAAUUCAUAAGAAGAGAUAUUAAAGUAUCGUGUGAAAGUGAUUUGAAGUCAGGUAUUUUAGUUUCUAGUUUGGAGAAAAAUAUGUCUCUGAUCUGAGAAUAAGCCUUACAAUCUAGUAAGAAAUGAUUUUCAUCUUCGAUUUUGUUACUUGUACAAAAGUGACAUAUCCUUUCAUUGCGAGGAAUGUUUUCGUAUCUACCUGUUUCAAUUCUAAGUUGAUGACUACUUAUUCUAAAUCUAACUAAUGCUUUUCUCGAAGGGUUUUUUCUUGUUAAAGCUAGGUACGGCGAGGGGCUAUAGUCGUCUUUGAUUGUACAAUAAAAACUGCGUUUUUUGUGAUUGUUGAAGGGUCUGAUUCCAGUAAGAGACGUAUUUAAUAGAUUUGGAGCCAGCAAUGUGACCCUUCGACGACAAGAAAAAGCGUUCUUCUCUAACUAGGCAACUACGGUACCCUAGUCUGAAUCUGGUACCCUUAUAACUGCAAUAGGAAAUCUGCAAGUAGCACGGUAAAUCAUACUAAAAUGCUACCGAUGCGACCGAAAACUUGUGAUAGAAUCGUGAAAUCAGCCUGAAGGAUCAAAACAAGGUGAUAUCCUUCGUGUCCUAAGGCAGCUAAAAGACUUUUUUCCAGAAUGAAAUAUACUUACAUCCUCUUACUUGAGACAUCACAAGAGUCCCAGGGACAUUUCCAGGAGAUCUCCAUCAGUUUCCAACUUGACCCAAAAGUCACUUGACAAGAUGAACCAAACAAACAUUGUUUGCCCGGCCUAUUGACGAUUAGUAAUUCCAUCAGGUCGUGUUUCUUUCGCAGGCAAGGUUACGUAAUUCAAGCUAUUUCCAAUCCAGUCUUAAAAUCAGGCUGUUAAAUGUCCCCAAGGUCAAUGACCAAUAAAGAAAAUUCUCCAACUUCAGACGAAGAGCAGUUUGGAACUUCAUGGUCUGUUUAUCCACUGCAUUAAAGAAAAGGAACGUACUAUAAGUAGACUAACUCGCGAAGCUGAAUGUGGGAAAAAGUGUGGAGAAGUUGAUCCUAAGUAAUGACAAAUGUUUAAUCAUAAAUUUCGCUUGUUUCUUCGCACACGUCCUUUUUUUUCCCCGUUUUUUUUUACGUGAAUGCAUCCUUUUCUAAAAGUGCUUAUUUUGAGUCAAGAAUUUUAUAAAAGUAAGAAGAAAAAAAAAAAUUGUGCUGAGCAGCAAAACCCUCCCCGGGUCUAGCCUGCGAGCAAGGUCUCUCACUGCCCCACCCCACCCAACCCUCCCCCAAUCCCGGCAGCAAGAGACCUUGCUCGCAGGCUAGACCCCCUCCCUUUCCCCUUUCCCCUUCCCUUCCCCCUUCCCUUCCCCUCCCCCCCCCCCUCCCCCUAUCCCCCCCCCCCACCCCCCUACCUAUCUACCUAUCCCCUACCUAUCUAUCCCCUAUCUAUCUAUCUAUCUAUCUAUCUCUAUCUAUCUAUCUAUCUAUCUAUCUAUCUAUCUAUCUAUCUAUCUAUCUAUCUAUCUACCUACCCCUCUACCUAUCUACCUACCCCCCUCCCCCCUGCCCCCCCCCUCCCUGCCCUCCUCCCCUCCCGCCCCCGGCCGGUGUACCAACUCCCGCUUCCCAUACCCUUCCCAAGGCCUUUUUCUUCCCUCUCCUCCCCCCCCAGCCCUCCCAGAACCAAGCCGCGAUUUUAUUCUUUUUUUUUUUUUUUAUGCUAAUCAGGCGGGAUUCGAACCCGUCACCUCUUUGUUUGCCAGUUAAUUACCAAUUCAAUGCUUAUGCCAAUUGCGCUAUCCCGGCUCGGUUACAAAUUCAAUGGUUUUUUUUGUAUGUUAUUCAUAUGCAAAUCAAAUUCUUGCCCCUGAUUGGCUGUUGAAAAUAAUGACAUCAUGAACCUUCGGCCCAGAGGUCCCUGAGGUCCCACAGGUCCAAGAACCAAAACAAACCAAAGUUUACCAAACAUAAUGGAAACUGUAGCCUUGUCGGCUUUGCAGCUUCUUUUUAAUCAGGAUUCUUGUAUCUUUCUGACCACUAGUACAUUUAAAAAAGCACUUUUUCCGACGGCUUUCACGUUUUUCCGACGGGCAAUUUUGAUUUUAGCUGUAAGUUUUGUAUAAUAUUGAAAUACUUGAAAUGUCCGUCGGUGCGUUUGCUUUCAGUCGGUGAUCACAAGAAACAGUUUUUGUACGGUUAAAAGUGAUCAACAUCAAUUUACAUUCUCGCUAUAUAUCCCACCAGUGAACGGUAUCAAUCAUAAAAGGCUGAAAAUAGAGGAAACUGCUCAGCAACGAAAAACGUUGGGACUUCUAAUCAAAUUCUCCUCGUUAGCGCCAGAUGAACGGUAAAGGAAUGAGUAUGGAGAAUGUGCAUGUUAAUCUCACGCCAUUUACAAGUGUUCCUGCAACAAGCAAAAGUGAUCUUAUAAAUGGAAAACGCGAAGGUUAUGUCACUUUUAAUAACAACAACACCAAAAGCUUUAUUUGCGUGACCAUAAAGGAAUUACAGUAUUGCAAAAGCUAUUAGUCUAAAAUUAAGUACUAAUUCAACUAAUUAGUACGUGCAAAACAUUACAAAACGUUACAGUUCUCAUUCAUUCAUUCAUUCAUUCAUUGAUAUUAAUUUGGUUCUUAAUUCAAAGCAUUGCGAGAUAGAUGAAACUAAUUGACAGUUAAUUAAAUAAUCAGAAGAAUUCAUAAGAAGAGAUAUUAAAGUAUCGUGUGAAAGUGAUUUGAAGUCAGGUAUUUUAGUUUCUAGUUUGGAGAAAAAUAUGUCUCUGAUCUGAGAAUAAGCCUUACAAUCUAGUAAGAAAUGAUUUUCAUCUUCGAUUUUGUUACUUGUACAAAAGUGACAUAUCCUUUCAUUGCGAGGAAUGUUUUCGUAUCUACCUGUUUCAAUUCUAAGUAGAUGACUACUUAUUGUAAAUCUAACUAAUGCUUUUCUCGAAGGGUUUUUUUCUUGUUAAAGCUAGGUACGGCGAGGGGCUAUAGUCGUCUUUGAUUGUACAAUAAAAACUGCGUUUUUGUGAUUGUUUGCUGUUGGGUCUGAUUCCAGUAAGAGACGUAUUUAAUAGAUUUGGAGCCAGCAAUGUGACCCUUCGACAACAAGAAAAAGCGUUCUUCUCUAACUAGGCAACUACAGUACCCUAGUCUGAAUCUGGUACCCUUAUAACUGCAAUAGGAAAUCUGCAAGUAGCACGGUAAAUCAUACUAAACUGCUACCGAUGCGACCGAAAACUUGUGAUAGAAUCGUGAAAUCAGCCUGAAGGAUCAAAACAAGGUGAUAUCCUUCGUGUCCUAAGGCAGCUAAAAGACUUUUUUCCAGAAUGAAAUAUACUUACAUCCUCUUACUUGAGACAUCACAAGAGUCCCAGGGACAUUUCCAGGAGAUCUCCAUCAGUUUCCAACUUGACCCAAAAGUCACUUGACAAGAUGAACCAAACAAACAUUGUUUGCCCGGCCUAUUGACGAUUAGUAAUUCCAUCAGGUCGUGUUUCUUUCGCAGGCAAGGUUACGUAAUUCAAGCUAUUUCCAAUCCAGUCUUAAAAUCAGGCUGUUAAAUGUCCCCAAGGUCAAUGACCAAUAAAGAAAAUUCUCCAACUUCAGACGAAGAGCCGUUUGGAACUUCAUGGUCUGUUUAUCCACUGCAUUAAAGAAAAGGAACGUACUAUAAGUAGACUAACUCGCGAAGUUGAAUGUGGGAAAAAGUGUGGAGAAGUUGAUCCUAAGUAAUGACAAAUGUUUAAUCAUAAAUUUCGCUUGUUUCUUCGCACACGUCCUUUUUUUUCCCGCUUUUUUCUUACGUGAAUGCAUCCUUUUCUAAAAGUGCUUAUUUUGAGUCAAGAAUUUUAUAAAAGUAAGAAGAAAAAAAAUUGUGCUGAGCAGCAAAACCCUCCCCGGGUCUAGCCUGCGAGCAAGGUCUCUCACUGCCCCACCCCACCCAACCCUCCCCCCAAUCCCGGCAGCAAGAGACCUUGCUCGCAGGCUAGACCCCCCCCCCCUCCCUUCCCCUUCCCCCCCCCCCCCCCUCCCCCCCCCCCCCCUCCCCCCCCCCCCCCCCCCCCCUAUCUACUCCCUCUACCUAUCUAG